UUUGCUUCACCAUUAUUUCUCUCCCCUCUCCCUCUCCCUCUCUCUCUCUCUCUCCACUUUCACUCUCUUCCAUCUCUAACGACUAUAUAUUCUUACAAAGACCAUUUUAGCUUCUACAUAUGAUAUCCAUCCAUCCCCAUAUGAUAUGAUGGAGAAACAGAAACUCCUCUUCUUCUCCUUCUCUUGUUUCUUCCUCCUCCCUCUUCUCUCAGAAGUUGAAGGUGUGCAAGGAGGUUCUUCUUCUUCUUCUUCUUCUCAGCACAACACCACUCAUCGCGGUCUCUACGGUUUUCAUCCAACAAAGCUUUUCGUGUUCGGGGAUUCCUAUGCUGACACUGGCAACAACAGAAAAUCUAUUGCCGAUUCUUGGAAGGUUCCCUAUGGCAUCACCUUUCCCGGCAAACCCACCGGCCGUUUCUCUGAUGGUCGCGUCCUCACCGAUUACCUUGCUAGGUUUUUGGGAUUGAAGUCUCCGAUACCGUACAGAUGGAGAAAAUUUGCAGCAAAUAGGUUGAGGAAUGGGAUGAAUUUUGCAUAUGGAGGGACUGGAGUGUUUGAUACUCUGGUAUUGGACCCAAACAUGACAACCCAGAUUGAUUUUUUAGAAAAACUAGUCAAUAAUGACUCUGUUUACACAAAAUGGGACUUGCAAUCCUCUUUGGGUCUGGUCACUCUCUCCGGCAACGAUUAUGGUGCUUUCCUCGCCAAAGGCGGUUCUACCCAGGAUUUGCCAUCAUUCAUAAGUGCAGUGGUUGAUCAACUAGCAGAGAACUUGAAAAGAAUACAAGAUAUAGGAGUGAGAAAAGUGGCAGUGACAGCAAUGCAGCCACUGGGAUGCCUCCCUAGAAGCACAGUGUUGAAUUCAUUCCAAGAAUGCAAUGCCACUGAGAACACUGCUGUCACUUUUCACAACCUCUUGCUUCAGCAAGCUGUGUCCAAGCUCAACAAUAACUCCAAGGAUUCUUCUGCCUUUGUCAUCCUUGACCUUUAUGGCUCCUUCAUUUCUGUACUCAAGACCAAAGGAAAUUUUCUAGGAAGUGUGAAAUUUGAGACUCCAUUGAAGCCAUGUUGUAUGGGUACAAGCAGUGGGCAUUACUGUGGUAGCCUAGAUGAGAAAGGAGCCAAGAUGUAUGCCGUAUGUAACAACCCUGAAGCUGCAUUCUUUUGGGACAUGGUGCAUCCAACACAAGCUGGAUGGCGUGCUGUGUAUUUAGCUUUGAAAUCCACUCUCCAAAAAAUUAACUAGAGGUAUUUCAACAAAAAAAAAAACUAUAAAAUUUAUCUUCCUGUUAUUUUAUUUGUUAUUAAUUUUGUAAUAAUGUUUCUGUUUAAAUUUGUUUAGCAAUUUUGGUGGCACUGUUAGACCUAUGAAUGAAGGACAUGAAUCUUUGGACAACAUUAUGCUCUGUUUGUCCAAUAUUAUCAUUUAUGGAAAAUGAUUUACUUUAGACUUUGAAAA